GCCGGUAGUGGUAGAGUAAGUAGAGAGUAGAGACUAGUUGACGAUGAAAUAUUAUUUAUGCAGCUUUCCACAUAAUAAAUAUAUAAACCAGAAAAAUUUUGUGCAGCCUUUGUUUAUUGGAAAAUAACCGGAACCAAACGCCCUUAAACAGUUACACAUGCCCAAAGAAACAAAGGUGCUGGUUCCAUUUCCCAAUCUCUAAAACCCCUCUUUUCCGAUCUAACCUCAAUUUUGGUCCCAAAUUUUGCAGAUUCCAGCGAUCUGAUUACAGAUUUGGAUCGGUUUUUUUCUUCUGGUGUUUGUUUGGUAAUCUGUGGAAGAGGAACGAGCUUUGAUUUGAUUUGAUUUGAUUCAGUAAUGGCUGCUCCUGUGCCUCCAGGGGCACCUAGACCCGGAAGUAACACACCUCAAGCACCUCCCCCUAAUUAUGUUCCCAAUAUAAGGGGUACACCUGAUGGGUUAGCUGAUAAUAUGCAGAAUUUAAAUCUUUAUCGGCCUCCUAUGACCUCAAACCCUGUUUCUAGACCUCCCCCUUUUGGCCAACCACCGCCAUUUGCUUCUUCGGCUCCGUCGCAGGGAAUUCCUGGUCCUUCUCCAUCGUUUGCACGGCCUGGUCCUCCUCCAGGAGCAAUGGUGAGGCCUGCAGGGCCCCCUUCUGGACCACCAGUAUCUACAUUACCUCCAAAUUUGGGCCCUGGAAGGCCUACUGGCCCGCCUCCUGGUCAACCUCCAGCAUUUGGGAUGAGACCAGCAGCACCGCAUAGCUCUUUUUCGUCAUCUCUGGGUGGGGCUCCAGCAGCACCAUUGUCUGGGGUUCCUCCACCUGGUGGUUCUCCACCAGCUCGUCCACUUGGGCCUCCACCGCCCCCAACUCUAGGUGCCCGUCCAAGUGCAAGCCUAAGCCCAAGUCCAAGUCCUUUUACUUCACCACCGAUGAGCGCCCCUCCACCGGUGCCCCAAACAGGUGUACCAAGUAACUUGAUGAGUAAUGGGCCGCCUGCAUUUUCCGGUGGUACUUUACCUGGUCCACCACGUUUCCCUCCAGUUGGUGGCAGCAUGCCACAGCCGCCCCUUGGACCUCCAACAAUGAGAACUCCUCCAGGACCAGUUGCUCAACCACAGCCCCCAUAUCCUAUGGCAUCUCAAGGAAUAAUGCAGCCCCCAGCUUCUCCUUUUGCAGCACCUUCUUGGCAGAUGCAAUCCCAGCAACAGGUGGCACCACCUCCUCCUGUUCCUGGUCCUUCACAGGUUCCUCCUCGGAUGUAUAGCAUGUCACCACCACUGCCAAAUCAAUCCAUGACUACUACAAUAUCACCUGCGGUUGGUCAAACUGGAGCCCCCUUGGUAGGGCCUUCCAAAAUAGAUCCCAAUCAAAUUCCAAGGCCUUCCCCAGGUUCCUCAGUGAUCUUACAUGAAACUCGUCAAGGCAAUCAGGCAACCAUUCCUCCGCCUGCUACAAGUGAUUACAUUGUAAGAGAUACAGGGAACUGCAGUCCACGUUACAUGAGGUGCACAAUCAAUCAGAUUCCUUUCACUGCCGAUCUUUUGGGAACAUCAGGAAUGCAGUUGGCUGUCAUAGUUCAACCUUUGGCCCUUCCACAUCCAUCUGAAGAGCCCAUCCAAGUUGUUGAUUUUGGGGAGAGUGGUCCUGUCCGUUGCUCACGUUGCAAGGCCUACAUAAAUCCUUUUAUGAAAUUUGUUGAUCAGGGAAGGCGUUUCAUCUGCAACUUAUGUGGAUUUAGUGAUGAAACUCCGCGGGACUACCACUGCAAUUUGGGUCCAGAUGGUAGGCGUAGGGAUGCUGAUGAAAGGGCUGAGUUAUGUAGAGGAACAGUCGAGUUUGUUGCUACUAAAGAAUUUAUGCAUUAACCAAGAGUACAGGGUUGCGAACAGAUGGAAAGAUUGAUGAACGAUCAUUUUGGAUAAAUUAUGUAUCUUCUCUCUCCUGUCCAUUGGCAAUACCACUUGUGUAUCCUAGGAUGGUGGCUAUCCAUGAUCUUGACUCAAAGGAAAGUGAGGAAUCCGUUAUUCCUUCCUUUCUUCCACUUUCUAGUGAACACAUUAGUGAAGAGGGAAUAUAUCUUCUUGAGAACGGUUAUGAUUGCUUGAUAUAUGUUGGAGAAGCUGCGAGUCCGGAGACUGUGAGGAGACUGUUUGGUGUUGCUUCUAUUGAUGAAAUUCCUACUCUGUUUGUAUUGCAGCAACAUGACAAUCCAUUGUCUAAGAGGUUAAAUGAAGUGGUCAAUGAGAUACGGCGGCAAAGAUGUUCCUAUCUUAGGUUGAAGUUGUGCAGGAAAGGAGAUCAAUCAGGAAUGUUAUUUUACUCGUAUAUGGUAGAAGAUAAGAGCGCCGGUGGUUACUCCUAUGUGGAGUUUCUUAUCCAUGUCCAUAGGCAAAUCCAGAAUAAAAUGACAUCAUAACCAAGAUCUGCUGCUUCAUUUUUGCAAGCCUUUAGACGUAAAUGAUAGAGCAAGCCCAAGCCCCAAGAAUAGGUGAGAUCCUGCCCAUUUAUGCGCAUUCAUUUGCCUUGCGUUUGUGAAAGGAAAACCAGAAAAUACGUUUUUGUUGUUUAAAUUUUGUUGGCGUACAUGUAUAAGUUAGUUGAUGUUGGUAAUAGUUUGAUAUUAUCUCCCCCCCCUCUUUCUUCUUUUUCUGAAGUUUUGUAGUUGGGUGCCAUACUGAUAAUACAAAAUUCUAUGCGCAAUUAUGUGUUCUUCAUGAGAAAUAUUAUUAUAGUGUGUCUUAUUUGAAUAAAUCUUUAUGUACGGAACUAGCCCCUGUGAAGGAAGUGAUUUUUUUAAUAGUUGCAACAAAUUCUCCC